AUGAGGGACGGACAGACGGACACGGCAGCGCCAGACGUACCUGCACGUGCGCGCCGGGCCCGCCCGGAAACACCCGCGCUGCCGCAAACGGGGCUGCCUGCCGUUAAACCUGCCCAGCCAGCUGAGCAAGACAACUACCUCAUAGAAGAAUGCUUGGAAAACAAAUACACCCACAAGUCCUGUAAGAAAGUUUUUUGUCAGCCAUGGGAACGAUGUGUGGAGGGAAAGUGCCUGUGCAAGCUCCCGUACCAGUGCCCAAAGAACGGCUCUGCAGUUUGCUCUAGCCGUGGGAAGAACUUCCGUACCUACUGUCAGCUGAAGAGCUAUGAGUGCCAGCAGCCCAAAGCAAAGUUUCUGCACAGGGGAACGUGCAAGCCUGAAGAAACAUUUUCAGUCUCUCUGAGUCAUGGAGAUUCAAGUUUGCUUCGAGUAAAACCCGUGAAUCACAAGGAGGACAGUUUUGUGUGUGCUAGUGAAUGGACUAUGAAUGAAGCAAACGUGGCUUGCAGGCACCUUGGCUUUGAAUUAGGUGCUGAAUAUUACCAAGUCACUUCCAGCAUCACAGAAUCUGCCUUAAAUUCAUUAAACUGUCUGCAGAUAAAUUGCAGGGGCCUAGAGACAAGUCUUGCUGAAUGUCACAUAGAGAUGAAAUCAAGAGAUAGUAAUGAGGGACUGGUUAGCCUGCAGUGCCAUGAAAAUCUCAGAGUUUGUUCAGAUGGGGAGUUUCACUGUGUCAACGAGAAGUGCAUUUCUCUGAAUAAAACAUGUGAUGGGAUCAAUGACUGUGGAGACCUGAGUGAUGAACUGUGCUGUAGAGAGUGCAGAGAAAACAGUUUCCACUGCCGGUCAAACAUCUGUAUUCCAAAUAAGAGUGUCUGCAACAAAGAAAUUGACUGCCUCACAGGAGAGGAUGAAGCUGGAGCCAUCUGUGCAGGCAAAGAAGAAGGUGCUGAAAAUAACAGUAUGGAUAAAGAAAGAAAAAUGAUAAAGACACUUCUUCCCCAAGUGCACUGUGGUGUUAGGAAUCACACACUAACUCGACGGAAAAGAAUUGUAGGUGGAGAGAUUGCUGGAAAGGGUGAAUUUCCUUGGCAAGUGGCAAUUAAAGACACCAGCAAUGAAGGUUCCACAGUGUACUGUGGAGGGGUUUAUAUUGGUGGCUGUUGGGUUCUGACUGCUGCUCACUGUGUCAGGGCAAAUCGGGUCCACCUCUACCUUGUCUGGGUUGGAAUGUUGAACACAAUAGCGUAUGACAAAGAGACAAAUACUUACAAACUAAACCAAGUGAUAAUUCAUGAAAACUACAAUGCAUCAACGUAUGAAAAUGACAUUGCUCUGCUGGAGCUGAAAGGUUCUGGGCUCGGAGAAUGCUCCCUGGAAGAGACCAGCAUACCUGCCUGUGUCCCCUGGUCAGAGUAUAUGUUUAAGACUGGUGACAGCUGCAAGAUUUCUGGAUGGGGACUAGAGAAAGGUUACACAAAACAAUUUAUCCUCAAGUGGGGAAAUGUUAAUUUAUUUCACAAUUGUUCUGAAUUGUAUCCAGGACGAUUUUUUAAAAAAAUGGCAUGUGCAGGUACUUAUGAUGGCUCCACAGACAGCUGCAAAGGUGAUUCAGGAGGGCCCCUGGUGUGCUUUGAUGCAGAAGACGUGGCCUACGUGUGGGGCAUUGUGAGCUGGGGUGAGAACUGUGGCGAGGCUGGUCACCCUGGCGUGUACACACAGGUUGCCAGCUAUUAUGACUGGAUUAGCCACCAUGUAUCAAGGGGGCUCAUUUCACGGUACAAUAUCUGA